AUCAGUGAACCACACCUUUAAACAAAACUGUACCAAAUUUCUCUGACACCAACAGACAAUUAGCUAAUUUUCAGUCACUUUACCAGCUGUGAUGUUAUAGGUCAGCUCUGAAAGUAACACAUGAAGUGAGACAAAAAUGAUCAAUUUAGCUUCUCUGCAACACAGCUGGCAACCACUUUUGCUGUCUUUUUUCCUAAUAUCUGCUUCAUCUAAAAAAUGAUAAGUUUGGAAGUUUCUUGAGGAUAGAAGUGUAACAGAGUGUGACAUGUGUGUUGUGUGUGUGCAUUGUAUAAAGUGAUGUGUGAGGUUCUUUGUCUCGAAACAUGUAGUACACUAGGCAUUGUUAGCAUGAAUAGGGUUCUGUGGCAGUAUAAAGGAUUAGCAUGAGAAUGGAGUGUGAGUGCUAAAAGGCCACUGUUUGAAUUUUGUUAUGCUGCAACUCACAGGCUGCCACUCCUCUCUGUGCUGCUUACAGCUCCAUCUUUGUUGAUGCUGGCCCGUCUUGACAGCUCAUUAAUGUUGUCCCGUCCAUUUCCCGAAGAAGAAACUGAAGAAAACAUGGAGAACAACCACACCUUUCUGUAUUUUGCCUAUGGUAGUAACCUUCUGAAGGAACGCCUUCACCUGAAGAACCCUUCAGCAACAGUGAACUGUGUGGCAAGGCUCAAGGACUAUAAAUUAGUUUUUGGGAACUACAAAGGACUCGCCAGUGACCGGUGGCAUGGCGGUGUGGCCACUAUAGAGCACAGCCCAGGAGAUGAGGUGUGGGGUGUGGUGUGGAGACUGAACAUAACUGAUCUAGAGUCACUUGACAGCCAAGAGAAUGUCACAUUGGGUGCCUACAGUCCUGUGGAACUAUCAGUGAAAACAAGAAGUCAGGAGAUCAACUGUCGCACGUACAUCAUGAACAGCUAUGUGUACGCUCCACCUUCUCCUCAGUAUCUUCAGGUGAUUGUGAUGGGCGCUGAGCAGAAUGGACUGCCGAAGGACUACCAGGACAAACUUCGCUCAAUCAAGACCAACAUGUAUAAAGGUCUGCUGCCAAUGAUGGCUGAACUGGAACAAGCAAGAAGAUGGGCCAGAGAGAAAGUCAACCACCAUUCUGAUGCCUAGAAACCCAACAAUAAGUUUAUUUUACCCCACGAGUCUUCAUAACGAGUCAAGGAUUGCAGCUGGAUGGUUUCAUGGCUGUUUAACUUUUAAUCAGGCUGUAUUUGUGAAAGUCAGUCACUGACAAAACAUUAAUAUAUUUGAAGUUUCAA